AUGCUCCGAUCACUUGUCUCAUCUUACUGUCGAGCUAGCCGCCGUAGCGCAGCUCCGUCCACCCACCGUUGGAUCUCAUCCACGCCCCGUCUCAGCUCGUCAUGGAUGGACAAGAUUAAAGGAGUGUUCACCGGAAGCAAGGGCGCCGACUCCGCCUCCGCCGAGACCUCCGGUUCCUUCACCCUUAUCCGGUUUGCGGAGGAGAUGAACAAAGCCAGGAAGCUGAAGAAGCUGAAGCAGUUCGUGGUAGGGAGGGGCAGCGAGGCCACGUUCGCCGACGCCUUCGAGAAGCAGGAAGCCAUAAUCCGAUAUCUCGGGGGUGUUGAUCCUACUGGCGAGAACAUUCAAACCAGUCACAAGAAGGAUGCUGCAAAACAGUGUAACUGCACAGUGAUUGAUGUUGAAAAUGCCUUGGCGAAAUUUACAUGGGCGAAAGAUGCCCAGAAAAAGAUUGAACAGCUUAGAGCGGAAGGGAAACCGAUGCCCAAGAAUAUGGCGGAGAUGCAGAAGCUGAUGGGAUCUUCCCCAUUAGAUGUUGCACGAUCAAACUUGGCUAAGAGUGGACAGAUAAGUAGGAAUGCACCUUGUCCAUGUGGUUCUAAAAAAUUGUACAAGAGGUGCUGUGGAAAGGAUCAAAGCAAAUGA